GCAGUCUCUGUCUCUAAAUUAAAAACCUAGCUUCUCUCUCUCCUCUUCGUAUUCCUUCUUUCACAUACAAGAACAAGGAAAAAAAACUCUAUCGUCUCCAGAUUUAAGAACACAACUCUAAUUACCCCUUCUGAGAUUUGAUUCUCCGGAUUUUUUUUCAAUUAAUCAAGAAAUCAUGGUGGCGGAAGCAGAGAUUAUUUGUCAAACAACCGUCGCCGUUCAGUACCUUUGUGUUCCGUCUCCGACGUCACCCAGAUUAGAAGCAAACAUAUUCGAUGUCUCAAAGGCGGCUACUGCUGAGCCCAUAUCUAUCAACCUCUCUCGUUGUGAAUCUGCUCUGAGCUGCUCAACAAGUGAACACACUACCACGGGAUUGGAAGGUGCAGCAAGAAAGUUUGUGCCAAGACCUCGUUCUGGUAGCCAUACUGAUAUUGGACCUCGCAGUUCCAACGAGGAUCAGCACAUUCGGAUUGAUGACCUUUGCACCCACUUGGGGGACCUGUGCAGUUGGUCUGAACCAAGUUCCUUUUAUGCUGUAUUCGAUGGUCAUGGUGGGUCUGAUGCAGCAGCUUACAUGAGGAACAACACCAUGAAAUUCUUCUUCGAGGAUGCUGGAUUGCCUCAGACAUCUGAUGAUAUUGACGAAAAGUUCUUGCAAGAUCUAGAGAGUUGUCAUCGUAGAUCAUUUUUACUGGCAGAUCAUGCACUGGCUGACGAACUGAGUGUUGUUGAUUCCUACUGUGGAACAACAGCCCUGACUGCCCUAGUUCUUGGAAGGAACCUGCUUGUAGCAAAUGCUGGAGAUUGUCGGGCUGUCCUAUGUAGGAAAGGAGAUGCAGUACAGCUGUCACAAGAUCACAGGCCCUCGUGUGAAGUUGAAAGAAAGAGGGUUGAGGAUUUAGGCGGUACCAUCGAAUAUGGGUACCUGAAUGGUGAACUUGCUGUGACUCGAGCACUUGGAGACUGGUACAUGAAGCUACCAUUUGGAUCUGCAUCACCCCUUACUGCUGAGCCAGAAUUUCAAUGGACUUUGUUGACAGACGAGGAUGAAUUCUUGAUAAUCGGAUGCGAUGGGAUUUGGGAUGUAUUAUCGAACCAGGAGGCAGUAAGAUUAGUAAGGCGUGAACUGAGGCACCACAAUGACCCGCAACAGUGUGCUAAAGAGCUAGUCAAUCAAGCAUUGAAAAGGGAUACAUGUGACAAUGUGACUGCUAUUGUUGUUUGUUUAUCUAACCCCUCUCCUCUGAGUCAGAGUCAAGAUUCAGUUACUAAUGGAAGACCGAGAUUCAGGUUCUGCAUGUCGGAGGAGUUGAGGAGCUUAUUGGAAGGCAAUUGACUCCAGAUAUACUACUACUAAUUAUUCCUUUGCCUUUGAUGAUCUGAUCUGGCAAUAUUCAUUCUUUGUACAGAUUAUUAAAUUGUUUUUCCAUCUGUUUAGAGGUUGUUUCAGAUAUAGAUAGAUACCAAUUGAGAAAAAAGCAACCCUGAAUUUUGCAAUAUAUAGAGAGAAUGAAAUGUAAAACUGCGAUAUUGAUUCCUAAAUUGCUGAGUUUGUUUGGUUUA